CCAGCUCCAGCUCCAAACUGCAUUAAUACAUAAGUGUCAGCUAGAUAGAUUGAAACCCCAGAUGGCUACCUUAGAUUCCAACCCCGGCAACAACGAGAGGAUGGACAAGAAGCUGCAGAACCCAAGAGAGGAGAAGGAAGAGGAGGAAACGAUGAUGGCGGCAAGACUUGUGGGAAAGGAAGACGAAAUGGAAGAGCUAGGAAACCAACUCGCCAUCUCUUUCCCCUUCACGCAGUACCCUAAGAUUAACCAGGUCGAUCACCCGCCGCUGCUGGAUUCCUCAUCCGCCAUGGGAAAGCAAGCCCACCGCCGCCGCCAGCAGGACGAGAAGAAAGCGGAGCCGGGGCUGCGGUGCCCGCGCUGCGAGUCCACCGACACCAAGUUCUGCUACUUCAACAACUACAACCUAUGCCAGCCCCGCCACUUCUGCAGAGCCUGCAAGCGCUCCUGGACCCGCGGCGGGGUCCUCCGCGAUGUACCGGCAGGCGGCGGCGGCGGCAGAAAGAACAAGGGCCGCGUGAUUCAUCCGUCUUCGAGUGAAUGAUGAUGAGCCGGUGCGACUGCUUCCAUUUUAUCCGUGUAAUGGCUUUGGUGGUAUAGUAGUCAUGUAUUCUAUAUUCCUCAGACAAAAUAUGUUGUGUUUAAAAACUUUGUUAGUGGGUUUGCUUUUAGUGUACCAAAUAUUAUUCUCUACCGCUGCAACAAAAAAUGCCUUGUAGC